GGGUGUGCAUAGUGGUGUCCAAUCGCCCUGGCGCCUGCGGCUCAGUCAGGUGUGCAGGAGCGGAAGGCACCCUGGGCGGUAUGGCGAGUUGGUGGCGUGUGUUUCCACGCGCGGCGCAGCGAUAUCCGUGGCCCACCAACGUGCUGCUCUACGCCGGCCUCUUCUCUGCGGGUGAUGCGCUGCAGCAGCGGCUGCGGGGAGGCCCGGCAGACUGGCGCCAGACGCGCCGCGUGGCCACCCUGGCCGUAACCUUCCACGGCAACUUCAACUACGUGUGGCUGCGUCUUCUGGAGCGCGCGCUGCCCGGCCGCGCGCCGCGCACUGUCCUGGCCAAGGUGCUGUGCGACCAGACUGUCGGUGGGCCCAUAUACCUGUCGGCCUUCUACGUCGGUAUGAGCGUUCUCCAGGGAAAGGAUGACAUAUUUUUGGACCUGAAGCAAAAAUUCUGGAAUACAUAUAAGAGUGGUCUGAUGUACUGGCCCUUUGUGCAGCUGACCAACUUCAGCCUUGUCCCUGUGCAUUGGAGAACAGCGUACACAGGACUGUGCGGUUUCCUCUGGGCCACCUUCCUGUGCUUUUCCCAGCAGAGUGGUGAUGGCACAGUGAAGUCCGUGUUCAUCCUCUUUCGCAGGAAGGAGGCGAGUGACAGGCCCCCAGAGGAGUGAGGAGUCCAGGACUCGCGUAGAGACUCGGUUUUGUGUCUCCAUUGCUCUCGGUCACCUGCAGGAGGCCUGCGUCACCAACCAGUUAUUAUGGGUUCCAUCAUGAAGAAUUCCUUUUCCAUAGGCCACCUUGUUUUGAAAUUGUCAAUGAUUUUUUUUAACUGUUAUCCUUUCCCAUUCAUUCCAGCCUGAAAGUCUUCCUUCCAGGUUUUCACAUCUCUAGUGCUUUGGCUAAAAUUACAAGUGACAGGUGACAUUUUGAAGUUAUUAAUAUUUCUAUUCUAAUAUUAUAAGGCCAGUUGAGUUUUAAAAAACCUCCAGUUUUGAUUGUUUAUAUUUCUAGCCUAAACUCUCAGGCUAUUUCCUACACAUGUUAGGAUCAAAUUGCCUUUUGUCCUUAUAGUUCAGUUCCUAUUUAUAUAGAGUUCAGUCAAGACAUUUGAAUAAUAAGCCUCCCCAGAUACUCGAUAAUAAUUUAUUACAUCAACACUGAAGUUCUUUGUUUGUUUGUUUCUUUUUUGAGGCAGAGUUUCUGUCCUGGAACUGGCCUCGAACUCACAGAGAUCCACUUGCCUACGUUCUUUAAGCAGAUGCUUUUAUCUUCAGAAAAGGAACAGUGUUGGGCAUCUUCUGGAUAGAAUAUUUAUUGUUACUAUCUAUUUUUUAAAGGUAGGGUCUCUCUUUGUGUAGCUCAGGCUACCCUGGAACUCUGCCUUACGCAUGCUGAGGUUAUAGGCAUGCACCAUCACGCGCCGUCAUGCCUUGCUCUCCCGCUGUUCUCCCAUCCAAGCACGCACUCUUUAAUUGAUAACUUUCAGCUCUGCAAAGAAAAAAUUGACUAACGCACCCUCAUUCCUACAUAUAGGAAAUAAAAUAUUUGAUUUCUUAAUUACAGUAAGUGAAAAUUCUAGAAAACAAAUUAUUUCCUUCCUGUCUAUGGAAUAACGCUAAUCCAUAUUGUAUUAGUGUACACGGUUUGCAUUAAUCCUCUUGCCUCUGGGAGGAUUACUUUUUCUAAAUGCUAGGACUACAGACAUGAGCCACCAUGCCUGACUUGUGUGUGUGUGUGUGUGUCUGUAUGUCUGUGGUACUAGGGAUAGAUCCCAAGGUCCUGUGCAUGCAAGGCAAGUGCUCUGUCACUAGCUGUACCCUAGGAUGCUAACAGGAUUCUUUCAUAAUUCAGUGCUUCAACGUGAACACAAGAAGCAUCAGCCAGCCUUUCACAUCUACUCAGCUUGUCUCAUCUCAGCCAGCCACCGUCAGGUUUCCAAAAUGUGUAAAUAACCGGGUAGGGAGGUGUGAUCGGUCUGCUUGGGAGACUCGUGGAUGAGGAUCACUCCAGCCCAGGAGUUCAAGACCGAACUGGACAAAACAGCAAGUCCCUGUCCCCAAACCACAAAGAUAGACAUUUCAGCAGUCUCGCCUACAGAUUGCCUAUGGUUCCGCUGCCAAUACGGCAUACUUGACAGAUGUUAAGAUGAAAAACACCGACUUCUGAGUUUGUCUGGAGAAUGUAUAUUUAAGAUCAUUUUUAGAAUUCAUACUUAAAUUUCUAAGCAAAUAAUUUAUAUGGUUUGUGAUAUGUUGGUAUAAAUUAUUAGUAUGCACCUUCUAGGUGUCUAAGUUAUUGAACUAUAAUGGGUAUAAAUGCCCUUUGCAUUAGGGUAGUAGUAAGAACAAUUCUUGAUGACUGUAUGCUUUUGAAAGUUGGGUGGCUGUGGUGGUCUGCCUGUAAUCUCAGUGCUCAGAAGGUGGAAACGGGAUUCUCUGGAGCAAGAUAGCGUUAGCUUGACCAGCUGAAUGGAAUCCAUGAACUCAGGGUUCAGCAGGAGAUAUUGUGUCAAUGUAGUGUUUGAAUGACCAGCUGAAUGGAAUUCAUGAACUCAGGGUUCAGCAGGAGAUAUUGUGUCAAUGUAGUGUUUGAAUGAGAGCGGCUCAUGGAUUUGAAUUACUCAUCAGGGAGGGGCACUCUUUGAAAGGGUUAGAAGGCGUGGCCUCGGAGUGGGUGUGGCUUAGAGGAGGAAGUGUGUCACUGGAGGUGGGAUUUGGGGUUUCUGAAGCCCAAGUCAGGUCCAUUGUCUCUUUCUUCCUGUUGUCUGUGGAUCCAUGUCUGCCUGCAUGCCACCCUGCUUCCCACCAAGAUGCUGAAGGGUGCAGGCAAAAGCACCUUGGCCCAAAUACUGCCAUUUUGUCUUCAGACUCGAUUUUACUUGCAAGGUGAAAGAAAGUUCAGGUUCCCAAGCCCUAGGGGAACUGAGAACUUUCCAAUGGCUGACCUGCCUCCUCCCUAAACCACAGAAACAUGUGUCUUCUGGUUGUACAUCUUUAGCUCCUUAGAAACAUUGUGGCUGUUCCUAACAGGAAGAGCAAUGACUCUGACUGGUUGGACUGAAAGCCUUAAUUUACAAUGAUAGAACAUACAUUCAAGGAAGCUCCUAAUCCUGAUUGGUGAAAAUUGUAACUGUAACUUGGCAACAAAUAUUUGUGAUUUCACUGAUAUAUUAUUCUUCACCACUACUGCCCCUACUUAGUGCUGUUAGGAGAGUCCUUGUCCUGCAGCCCUGAUUAGUCAGCUUAUGUGGUGAUUUAAUAAAAUCUUUGGAACCUGCAA